AUGAGCUAUGAACGCUGGGCCGCGCGCUCUGCGCUUCAAGAGCUGCAGGCGGAGACGCUGAAUGCGAGUGAGACGGCGCGGUAUGCGCGGAACAGCGCCUAUGUCAGGCUCUUCCUGAUUUGCAUCUGCUUUGCCGAGAUCGUCAUCCUCGUUCCCAACAUCCUUACCGAAGUGGCCAUUGACAGAGGGCUCUAUGCGCCGAUCCUGCGCACAGUUCUCUCCGUGGUGAGGCUCAGCCCUCUGAUGUGGCCACUUCUGGGAAAGAUGGGCAGGUGGGGUGCCGCUCUGAGACACCUUGUGGAGGUAGCGCUGCCCACCAUCUAUGGGCCCGCUUGCGGUGGGGUAGAGCCAUGUCGAGGCUUCGCUACUGCGUUGAGUGGCUGGUAUUUGAUCAGCACUCCCAUGCACGAUGCAUUCUCGCCGACCACCGAAGCGGAUCUGGCACCGAAGGAGCUACAGCCGCCGGGGCAGAAUCCGCCCUUCGACGAAGACCUGCUGCUGCCCUGCGCGGUGAUCAUGUCCGCCAACGUGGGCCUGUUCCUUUGCGAUGCUCUGUCGCUGACGGUGACGCCUCUGUUGCGAAAUUCGGACAACUUGGCCGUGCAGCUCGCGUACCCUCGCGCUGAGGUCUUCCACGUGACGAGCCCCGAAGAUUUGGCAUCGGCAAAGUUUGAGCCGACCUGCGUGAUCUGCAUUGCGGAGUUCGAGCCCGGCGAGACUCUGUCGCGGCUUCCUUGCGGCCAUGCCUUCCACCGUGAGUGUGUCGGUGAAUGGUUGCAUCAGCAUGCCAAGUGUCCGCUGCGAUGUCCCGGCUUGGUGCUGCCUCCGCUGCAGGAGCGUAGCGACUCUCGGGACAGCUGGGUGCAGGAGAUGGGUGGCGACGUGUUCAGGGCAGAUGGUUUUGGCAGCCUGGACCCAUGGCUGAUAGGUGCGCCACUGUACGACACGCCGGUGCAGCUUUUCCGCGAGAGGCUGGACCCCAUGCCGCUUCCUUCCGCCGUCCUCGAAGAGGAAUCGGACUCGGAGGAAGAGACGCCACCAAGGCGAGAUGAGUCGACGUAG